UCACACUGUGACCUGAACUGACAACAAACAAACAAACAAGAAAAAUACUAUUCCAAUUUACGAUGCUCUCUUCUUCGCCAACCUUCUUUGCUCCUCCAUCACACUCUUCAUCUUCUCCACCGCUCUCCGCAGUACCACCCCCGUGCCGCACAUCCCAUAUCUCUCUUUCUGCAACCACCACCGCCUCCUCCUCCUCCUCCUACACCUGCGCCGAAGAUCCACCGAAACUGCACCAGGUUCCGCAAAGACUCUCGGCGACCCCGUCACUCUACGAGAUCCUCGAAAUUCCCAUAGGCUCGACGAGCCAGGAGAUCAAAUCGGCUUACCGGCGACUCGCCAGGACAUGCCACCCCGACGUGGCUGGAAACGAUCGCUCGUCGGCUGACGCUUUCGUGAAGGUUCACGCGGCGUAUUGCACUCUUUCUGAUCCCGAGAAACGCGCCGUUUAUGAUCGGAAGAUCCUUCGGUCGUUGACGCUCGGUGUUUCUAAAUUUGGCAGUUACGGCGGAGGGAACUGGGAAACUGAUCAGUGCUGGUGACGAGUUGACUCGAUGAUCGAGUUGGGGGACAAGUGCAUUGUGUUUGGUUUUUUUUCUUCGUAAUAAGUAAAUGAUAAAUCUUCCUCGCUGGUCGAUUGGCAGUGGACGCUAUGAGUGCGUCGCAUACAUCCGUAUCCCAAGGUGGUGGACGGAGUGAGUGUUCCCCUUGUCGGGUUAUGAAGUUUCUGGUUUGGUUCCUUGGACGUUAUCGAUUGGCAGACGUAUACAGCAGCGAUAAGUCAUAUGGUGUAAGUGUUAGAGGUGGAAGUUAUCGUGUGGUGUGGCAACGGAUUGGCAGCAGCAUAUUUCCCAAAUCAUUGGUCUUUACUUGGUUUGAAAGUCCGCGGGUUUGUUGUUUUAAGCUCUUGUGUAGUCUUUUAUUUGAGGUUCGGUUUUCUUAAGCUUUCUUCUAGUACGUUUUUCCGGUGUGGGUUCAAGUUGAUUUGUUUCAGUCUCGAUUGUAGUAGUUAAUUGUUGUCUUGGGUUUAGUUGCGAUUUCUAGUUGUUAUGAUGUGUUUCUUAAGUUGCUCCUGGAGUGGGUUCUAGUUGCCGUUUUUAUAUGGAUUCUUGUUUCUGGGGUUGUUUCAUUUAACCGCCAGUUUAUAUU